GCUCAUAGCUCUCAACAUUCUCAAGUACCCUGCUGCUUCAAUUGAUCUCCUCUUCCACUAUAACCUUAAGCCUUAUAUCGAUCAGUAAUUGUCUCUGCUUGAAUUAAAUAAGCAAGAAGAAGAUGGGAAGAUCUCCAUGCUGUUCUAAGGUUGGAAUACACAGAGGGCCAUGGACUUCAAGAGAAGACGCAUUGCUCACCAACUAUAUUCAGAACCACGGUGAAGGAAACUGGAGAUCUCUUCCCAAACUAGCAGGACUUCUCCGUUGUGGAAAGAGUUGCAGACUACGAUGGAUGAACUAUCUACGUCCCGAUAUCAAGCGUGGAAACAUCGGCCCCGAAGAAGAGGAUCUCAUAAUUCGCCUUCACCGUCUGCUCGGCAAUAGGUGGUCGCUUAUCGCAGGCCGUCUUCCCGGUCGAACGGAUAAUGAAAUCAAGAACUACUGGAACAGUCAUCUAAGCAAGAAGCUCAAAAAGCAAGGAUUGGUGAUAAGAGAAGCAACCCCAAGGCCUAAACAAUCAAAAUCUUCCUCAAAUAGCCAGAAGCAAGGUGUUCAUAUUAGCAACCAAACAGAAAUGAUAAGAGGUAAUAAUGAGAACAAAAUAUAUGCACCAAAGCCUACUCGACUGACAGCUAGGGUUCAUGUGAUGGAGAACAGCAGCGAGGAAGAGAAAGGAUCAUCAGAUGAAAUGGAAUUAUCAGCUAAUAAUUAUUGGUCUGAUGGAGGAGAAUAUGGUUUUCUCGACACUGAUAAUCAAUUUAAUUUUGAUUUGGGACUUGAUCAAUUUUUGCCAGUUCAGGAAGAUUCAGUGAUGCUUGAGAGACUAUAUGAUGAGUAUUCACAGCUCUUGCAAUCAGAAGUAAAUGAUAUUAAUCUUUUUUCCUAUGAUCAGUCUCUUAUGGUGUAAUAUGCUGUAUAUGUAGAUUAAUAUAUACAUAUAGAGAUGCAUCAAUUGUAUGCAGAUAGACCAUUUUGAAACUUUAUUUUGUCACUUGAUCUUCUUUCUCUUCCUUGUGAAGUUAAUUUAUGUAGAAGAAGUUAAUAUGAA